AUGAGCAACACACCCGUCCAGGAGCCCCCUGCCGAGGAAUCGUCCUCAGGCAGUGGGCAGACAUUACCCUCCCGACCCCUACAGCCGAUCUCUGAUCCCUCCUCUGCUAAAAGAGUAUGUUUCUACAAAAGCGGAGACUAUAAAUUCAGUGGACAUCGCAUGGUCAUCAAUGCCCGCACCUUCAAGUCGUUUGAUGCUCUCCUGGAUGCUCUGUCCAGGAAAGUACCUCUGCCAUUUGGAGUGAGGACCAUCACCACACCUCGCGGGACCAACCAGGUUAAGGCUUUAGAUGACUUACAUGAUGGCGGAUCGUAUGUGUGUUCUGAUCACAAACGGGUGAAGCCAUUAAACCUGCACGAGGUCAACCGGCGGCAGGUACCGUGGAAUGCCACCAGACCCUUCAGCGCAGUGCGACGAAGACAACAAGGACCCCAGAUUGGUUCGUUUGGUAGAAGGAAUGAAGUCAUCACAAGCAGGCCAGCAAAGAUCACGGAACGGGUGGCGGUACGGACACCAAAGAGGCUCGUGGUCAUCAGUAAUAGGGAUCCCACUUUUAAACGCACAAUUGUGCUCCAGAGAAGAACAGCACCAACAUUUGAUGCUUUACUGGAUUACCUCUCCCAGAUCCUGCAGUUCCCAGUGCUGAAACUCUUCUCUACAGAUGGCAGAAGAAUCGAUGGCCUCUCUGGGCUCAUCCUGUGCUCUGGAGUUGUUGUGGCAGCAGGCAGCGAGCCAUUCAGAUUAGGAAACUACAGUUUUCACGGAGAUGGCCAGAUGGCACAAAUAAUGCACAUGGAUACUGUGGAAUCAUCUUUGUUGCAGCCCAGAACCCAGAACAACAAAUCUUUGUCGAGUGGAAGAGGCUCAAGGAAUUUUUCCUUAUCAUCAGAGAGAUAUAUUGUCAACCAGAUAAAAAAGUCUAGAAAUGGAAGCACCAACAGCCAGUCGCAUCACCACGGCAGAUCAUUUGAAACAGAGGUCAACCAUCAUCCCGCAUCCUUGGAGACGUGUGGAACCGGGACGGUAAAUAAUGAGCAUCAUGCUUGCGUCGUACCUCAGGACGAUGACAUUGAAAAGUCCUUCCGUGUGAAUCAGGACGGCAGCAUGACAGUGGAGAUGAAAGUCCGUCUGACCAUUAAAGAGGAGGAGAUGCUCCACUGGACCACCACGCUCAGCCGCUCCAGCCUUAGCAAGGGCACAAUUUGUGCCUCCAUUUCUGAGUCGGGCAACAGCUCACCUGACUCAAACAACGCCUUUGCCAAAGGUUCUUCUAGCGCCAGUGACGAUGAGACGAGAGAGGAGAACCAUCCCGCCGGAGCUGGAAAGGGUGUAGGCGUUCAGGGCCAGCAAGCAUAUGAGGGCUACUCUUCCAUGGCUUUGGGAAAAGCAAAAACUGGUUUCAAACGCACUCCUACACCUGGCCCUCGGCACGUUACGAAGAAGGCGUCUGUAGAGAGUGUUAAGACGGUGACAGAGUCAGGGGUUCAAGAGAGCACCCUGGGACAUUAUUCCUACAUGGAGAGGACGGCUGAUGGUGAGAAGACUGAGGGAUACUGCAUUCUCAGACACAGCAACAGCAGCAACAACAGGCCAAUCCCCAAACCUAGGCAAACGACGUCUGCAGGGGCGAGCAACAAAGGCUCCAACUCCUCCGACAGGUCGUCAGGAGCGGCCGAAGUUCUUCAGAUACAGAAUAACGGGAUGGAGGUGACAGAAACUGUGAUGCAUAUUUAUGAGAGUCAAGGCUGCUACGACAACUAUUAUGCAAAUGAGGAAUACAGCGCAGACAGUGUACCAUUGCAUGGUUCCAAACCGUCCACUGAAUCAGGAAUGCAUUCAUCCAGGAAUGAUUGUGAUAUAGAUUUUAGCUGGCAGCCACCUACUACUCACACACAACAAAGACAGAAAGAGGAGAUGUUGUCAUUGUCAUCAGAGCCAGUAACUCCAACAUGUGAGAUUACUGCAACAAGCUCGAAAAUACACGACACAGUAAAAAAUGUCAAAACUCCUAAAAGUGAGACGAAGAAAAAGACGACUAAACCUGUUCAGAAUAAGGAGAGUUCAACUUCAACGAGCAGCUCAGAUAAAAAGAAAAAACAAAGCAUAGUUAGCCCUCCGAAAAAUAGCAAACACUCAUCUACAGACAAGCUCAGCAGCAAUGGCAAUGUGGGGAAAAAGACUUUAAGUUCAUCGGAAAGUAUUAAAAGUGGUAAAAAGAGUAGAGGAGCAGAAAAGCCUCAAAUUAAGAAAGCGAAUAAGGAUGAAAAGAUGCCCAAGAAAGAGCAAGCCUUAUUAAAUGAGAGAAGGACCCCACCUAAAAGACUUAACAUUAGUAAAACAGCUGCUAAAGAUAAUGGCCAUAAUGUAAAUACUCCAACUGGGAGACCUCAAAUGAAGAAGAACUUGUCAGACAUUUUACAACCCAAUAAAUCACCUUUGCCAGCCAAAAAGACAAUUAGUAAGCCCAAAUCCUUGAAUGAAAGCAGAAUACCAACUCCUAAAAAGUCUUUAGAGUUGAGUGAGAGUGUGAUUCCUUCUCUCAAUCCUUCCCCCUCUGAAAUCCACCAAUAUGUUGAGAACUGGUUGGAGAAAGUCAGCCCAGACCCAGUGCCAUACAACGAGGAGGCCAUCGCAGAUACAUCACAGCCUCAAACAAAGGUUGUGUUCAAGAUCGGCGGUGAUUCUGAAUCAGAUGAACAGACGAAAAGCCAGACUCCUUCAGAGGAGUUUUAUCCAUAUCCCGCUGAUGCUAUGAAGAAAUCAGCUUCAGUAACUCAUUGUCUUGAAGCUAAAGCUUUGCUGCACAGUGAACAAUUUGCGAGAGGUUUGUGUGUUUCCAUGCCGAGUGUCAGAGUCGAUCCUGUGCAACAGGAGGCCGGACUGAGGCCCAACAAAUCUGCAGAGGCCAUUGGUCUGGCUGACAAUAGAUCACCUUCAUCUACAUCCAACGUUUUGGAUCCAAAAACAAAUACAAAACAUGUCCUGCAUGAACUUUAUUCUUCUAUUCACUGUAUCAGAAGUGCAUGUGAAGCCAACACAUCCAACCUUGAGAAGUCCAACAGCCUUCCUAAUUUCUCAACACAAGUGGCGUCAGUGUUCGGCUCGUCGUGUAAAGCCUUCAUGUCAUUCUUAUCAGUGAUGACUCUGCGAGAUAACCUAACCCCAUCUGCGCUGGGAGACGGCAACCAAUCCGAGGCCAUGCUGAUGAUGGAGUCCCUGCAGAAAAUUUCGGCCAUCGAUGACGAGGAGGAGCUGAGGGCGAGUUUGACGAAUCUGCAGAGUAGAGCGUCUUCUCAGUUCAGAGACCGGUGGAAGGAUUUCCAGAUUCUGAGAGAGAGGCUCGAAAGUGAGCCGCUGUCUUCCAAAUUUUCAGAAACAGAAUUCGCCCUGGAUGUUCUCUCCGAAGCGGGCGACGCAUUUGAGGAACUUCAGGAGCUGAUGGAUGAGCUGAAUAUGCCUCAAGACCUCAGAGCAGAGAUUUCUUCAACAAUCCAACAAGCUAAAAGUUUUUACCCCGUAGAGGAGAGCACUUUUGUAGAAAACGAAAGAAACAAUUCGGACUCAGAGGAAGAUGUGGAACAAUUUGUGGAAGAAUGCAACAAUGACACAAAACCUGAUACUACCUCCACAGCUGAGGACAUUACUCAGAUAGAACAGGGUAAUGAUAAUGGAGAGACAGAUAACUUAGAGAAAAGGCAAUCUGUGUGUUCUGAACAUGCAAAAAUGACGCCCGAGUCAAAGCAAGAACAUGAUAAAGAACCAGAAAUAUCACAGACGGAAAGAGAUGAGCCCUUAAGAGACAAGGAAGAAGUUGAGGAGGAUAGGGAGGUGGAGAAUGACAGAGAGGAUGGACAAACAAAAGAGACAGAUGCUGAUGGUGAAGAAAGGGAGGAAAGGGAGGAAGAGGCAGAAGAGGGGGCAUUGACAGAAGUGGAUGACAAGGGGCAAGAAGAUUGGGAAGCAGAAAAGGUAAGUGUAGAGGAGGAGGAGGAGGAGGAGGAAGAGAUGACAGUGGAUGAGGAGGAAGAUGGGGAGAAAUUAGAAGAAGCAGAGGCGGUAUUAAUGGAUGGAGAAGUUCAAGAAGCAAUAGAAGAGGAUAGUGUUGAGGAGACAGAUGAGAGAGAGGGUGAUGAGGAAGCGGAGGAAGGGGAGGAUGAGGCUGAUGAGGGAGAAAAGGGAGAGGAGGAGAAGAGGCAAGGGGAAGAGACUGAAGAAGAGGCAGGUGAGGUUAUUGAGGAAUCCGAUGAAGAAGAGGAAGAAGUAGGAAUUAUCAUUGAAGAAGCAGAGGAGGAGGAGGAGGAGGAAGAAGAAGAAGAGGAGGAAGAGGCAGAUGUUGUUACUGAAGACAUUGAGGAGGAAGCAGAGGAAGAUACUGAGGUUAUGGAGGAGGAAAAUGAUGAGGAAGAGGAAAUUAAGGAAGUUAUUGAGGAGAAAGGGGAGGAAGAGGACUUAGAAAAUAUAAUUGAAGAGAUUCAGGAGGAGGAAGAGGAGGAUGAUGAGGACGAGGAUACAGAUGAACUUAAUAAGAAACAUGUAGAUGGGGAGGUUUUUGAGGAGAAGGAUGAGGAAGAGGAAAAAACAGAGGUUUGUGAGGAAAACAGUGAGGAGGAAGAUGAGGAAGAAGAAGAGAGAGAACAAGUGGUGGUGGAGGAUGGGGAGGAUGUUGAGGUCAUAAAUAUAGAAGAAGAAGAAGAAGAAGAAGAAGAAGAAGAAGAAGAAGAAGAAGAAGAAGAAGAAGAAGAAUGGGUGGGUACAGAUGAGGAAGAUGAAGGAGAGGAAAGUAUGGAAGAGGAAGAAAAGUGUGAUGAGGGAGAGGAGAACAGGAAAGAGAUGGAGGAAACAGUAAAAAGUCUUGAGGAUGAAUCAGUAGGAGAGAGAGAAGUUGCAGAGCAAAUUAAAGAAAAUAUGAAAACAGGGCAAAUUUUAGAUGACAAGGAGAGGGAAGAUGAUGAAGAAGAAAAUGAAAGUAAUGAGUUAAAUGACGGGUUAGAGGAGAUGGAAGAGCAAAAAUCAAAGGACGAGGUAGAGAAAGAAAAUGCCUCUGAAGAUGCCGACAGUACUGCCGGUAGUACAGAUUGUAAAAACCUACUAGAGGAGGCCUCGUAUUUGCAGCAGCAGAGCAGCUGUGAUGAAGCAAAUGCAGAAGCCAAGGUUUCAGAACGCAACACUGACUCAGCAACCAAAUAUUCCUCUGAGUGUCAGUGUGAGGACGAUAAAGGUAACGGGACAGACACCGUGAAUGAAUUUGAAACAGACGAGGGAGGGGAUCCUCACGAGCAAGGAAGCGACGCUCAACAACAUCCUGUGGAAAUAUCCCAGGAACUACUCGACUUUGUGAACUCUGCCCUGCAGUCCUCUUCACUUAUAUUCACGUACGACGAUCGGGGGAACGUCAGGAUAGAGCCGGAUAGCGCCCGGGUGACACAAGCUAAACAAUGGGUUAUUCCUAAAAGUCAGAAAGACAAUUCCUACGGUUUAAAGUGUCUCCCGAGCCCGAGCACCUCGAGUUUGUCUGAUUACAGGCCAGACACGUCGGAGAGCGGUGGAUAUAAAACUCAGGAUUCUGUAGAUAUUGUCACAGACAGUGGAGAAGAGGCUUCUCUGGCCUGCAGAGGAAAGACUGACAUCCCUAUCGGUGGAACAAAUGUGGAGCGAGCUGACUCCAAACAAUCCGACGCAAGUAAUACGGAAGUCUUGCAAAAUUCCCAAGUAAAAAGUGGUGGGAGCUUUUCUUCCCACGGCUCUGGCACUAAAGCCUCUAAGGAGGAUCUGUCUUAUUUCAGUGCCGGUAGCUCACAAAAGGCUGACACCGAACCUGCCGCAGAGGCCCCACAGUGCAUUUCUGUCACCCCAGAAAAAGACUCUGCUGAUGGGGUAUUAAUCGACCAAGGUAGAUGGCUGCUCAAAGAGAAUCACCUCAUCAGAAAAUCUCCUCCAGUCUCCGUGGGAAUGUACAGUCAUUUAGAUAGCACAUCUAUAGAUGAAGGUCAGGAGAACAGUAGCGAGGAAUCCCCGUCUCAUUGCAACACCAAGCACAACCCUCUUGAAGCCAUCUCCUCAUCAGAGCUUGAGGAGAUGGCGAAGCCUCAAACUCCAAAGUGCACCUACUUCAACAUGCCACAUGGCAGCGAUUCUGACCCAUUUUUGGAUGAUACCAGUGUCAAAAGUGGGAAAAGGGAUGCAAGCAGUGUCAGAGGGAGAUGCUUCAGGGUGUCACCUACAAUUGAUACUUCCAGAACCUGGGCGAAUAGAAAUGGUAGUAUGUCCUCCUUUGCAUCAGUUGAGUUUAAAAUAGCGGACAGAAAAGUGCAUCCUGAUGGGGAGUCCUCAGCUGUGACAAGGGGAAGAAGGGCAUCUAGUGGAGGGGGGAGUGAACUGCAAGCACAAGGCUCCCGCAAUACACUCCGUGUGAGAUGUAGCCAAUACUGUCCCAUACUAUGA